CCUUAGUGUUUAUCCAACUCAGUGGGGCUUUAAGGCAAACCAGGAGAGGCGAGUGAUACAGUCCGCACAUCCUCUGAUUCUCAAGUGGAGACAAGCGAUUCAGGACAGUCAAGUCACGAUGAAGCUGCGUAUGCUGAGGAGUCCCUUGGUCCGAGAAUGUAUGGCUGAGUUCCUGGGAACAUUUGUCUUGCUGCUAUUUGGUUGCUCUGCAGCAGCGCAGGUAAAAUCCAGCCGAGAGACCAAAGGCCAGUAUCUGUCGAUCAACAUGUCCUUCUCUGUGGGGGUGAUGUCAGCAAUGUACCUGACCAAGGGGAUCUCAGGAGCCCAUCUGAACCCCGCAGUGACUCUAAGUUUCUGUAUCUUGAGGAAGGUGAAGUGGGGAAGGCUGGUACCAUACUGCCUCUCCCAAGUGCUGGGGGCAUAUGUGGCAUCAGCGCUGGUCUACGUGGUUUACUACGAUGCUAUAAUGGAGUUUGGUGAAGGCGUUUUGACUGUUCAUGGCCCAAAUGAAACAGCAUCUAUAUUUGCAACGUAUCCAUCCCAGUACCUCACGUUAGGGAGGAGUUUCCUUGAUCAAGUAGUGGGGACUGGGAUGCUGAUGUUAUGCAUCCUGUCUUUGGAGGAAAAGAGGAACACCCCCGCUCCUUCUGAUCUGAUUCCUCCAAUAGUUGCAACAAUUGUCCUCGGGAUCUCCAUGUCCAUGUCAGCUAACUGUGGAGCUGCAAUAAAUCCCGCUCGUGACCUGGGGCCACGCCUUUUCACUCUGACUGCAGGCUGGGGAACCGAAGUCUUUACGUGUUACAAUUACUGGUUCUGGGUCCCACUAGUGGCUCCACUUAUUGGAGGACCUUUAGGUUCUUGCCUUUACUUGGUCUUCAUCGAAUGGCAGCUGCCCACUCCAGAACUUCUUCCUCAGGACAAGAGCACAACAGUCUGCACCAUCAGCAACAGCAUCAAAGAGCCUGCCACCACACAGGGAACAGGAGACAACUUAAAGUCAACAUAUUUUUAGUCAUUGAUCAGUAACAAAAUUACAGUGCAAUAAGCCUUUUUGAUCAUAAAAUGGUAAAUCUGACUGGCUGGUUAGAAAUUGAGGAUGUUCAGGUAUUUAUAUAUGCUUCUGUUAACAGAGUUAUGAUUAUUUCUUUUUAUGACUAUACAUUUGCAGAAACAUUUGAGCAGAAUCCUGUUGUUUGCUACAUUAAACCUCCGUGUAUUUAAAUUUUUCAAAAACAUGUGCCCACAUUGCCUCCCUGAUAUAAUUGGUGAAAUGGUUUCCUAGAAUGAGUCGCGAUAUGAUUGAAGGUUACCUGUCCAGGUUAUAUCCUGCCUCUCAACAAAAAACUGGGGAGGCAGGGUAGGAUGUAGAGAAAAAUGAACACCAUCUUAUGUUAGAUAGGCAGAAAAACUUUUUUUUUCUUUUUUUACUUCUCUUGUAGUUUUCAGACAGAUUUAUGCAUUUAUUUUUAUAAUGGAACUUAUAAAUCUAUAGCCAUAAUAACUUUCUCAGGAAUGAGGCUGUUUGUACAGCUAACCAUUGCAAACAUACAAUUAGUCCACUGAAUAAAACACAACAUUCACCUUCAAGGUUCCACAUAUUUACAAUCUAUUGUCUUCCACUUAUGCGGGGUUGGGUCGCUGCUGAAACGGCACCGAUCAGCUUAUCACUCAUUCUGUUUUUCCCUCAUUUGUGAAUAAAACCCCACUUAAACUUUGCAUGCUCUUUUCCGGCUCAAGACUGUGCAUGGUCUCAGAUUUGGAGACACUGAUCCUCAUUCUGGCUGCCUCGUAGAUUACAAUCUGAUGAAGCCAAUAAAACCAAAUCAUCUGCAAAAAGCAAAUACACGAUUCUAAGGCCACCAAAUGGAUCCCUUCAACACUUUGGCUACACCUAGACUUUCUGUCCAAAGCUCAGACUUGGUGCGGUCCAAUUCUCACUGGAAACAAAUCCAACUUACUGCCUGCAUUGUGGACCAAUCCUUGGCACCAGUCGAACUGGGACCUAAUAGCCCGUAUAAAACGGCUAUUAGUCUAAAGUCUGAGCAGAAAGUCUAAAGUCUGAGCUUCAGAGUUUCCAACUCUCACUGGAAACAAAUCCAACUUACUGCCUUCAUUCUGGACCGCUAUCUGGCACCAGUCGAACUGGGACCUAAUAGCCCAUAUAAAACGGCUAUUAGUCUAAAGUCUGAGCAGAAAGUCUAAAGUCUGAGCUUUAGAGUUUCCAACUCUCACUGGAAACAAAUCCAACUUACUGCCUGCAUUCUGGACCAAUCUCUGGCACCAGUCACCGGUCGAACUAGGACCUAAUAGCCCAUAUAAAACGGUGUGGGGUACCACGUGGGGUAUAACGCCAUAUAACGCUAAUUUAAUUCUUAAAUUAGUCAAUCCAAGAGUGUUAUUCAUUUUCUUGGCAGUGAUUGGUUAUAGCCUCAAGAGCAGAAAUAAGGAAGUUUGUUGAAGUUAACUUCUGUGGUGGUGCUAUGAUGGUUUCCACGGUGCAUAUUAAUGCAUAUUAAGGUAAAUUUCCUGUUUGAACUGUUCAAAUAAUCAGUUGUAUGUGUUUUCUGAGAGAGUUUCAGAUAUUCACUGAUAUUUGCAGGCAACCAUCCAUGAAUAAUAGGAUAGCUUGCCUAAUGAUAUAAGAAAAAAUAUACUUUUUACACAAACAUUUAGACAAAACACUUUAAAAGUUACUCCUCGUGCUUUAAGACCUCAGGGCACUUUAGUAAGACUUGGUUUGACUCGACCUAAAGUACAGCAAAGCAAUUUGAAGUGAUCCGUAAGAGGAGAGCUCUUGUGGGUGAAAAGUUUGAUCCAAUGUGUGUUUGUGUACUACAUAUUAAAGAGAACAUUUGCAGUU